AUGAAGGCCAUGGUGAAGCACGUGGUGAAGGCACACCUGUGCCAGGAGUGCGGCAAGUCCUUCAGCAAGAAGGGCAACCUGAAGAGACAUCAGCGCGUCCACACGGCGGAGGAGCUCUUCGCUUGCGGGGAGUGUGGCCGGCGUUUCACCACCAGGGGCCACCUGAGGACCCACCAGAGCAUCCACACCGGGGAGAGGUCCUUCUGCUGCGGGGAAUGCGGGCGUUCCUUCUGCCUGGAGAUAUGCCUGGCGGCCCACAGGAAGACACACACCAAGGGUGGGCCCUACCUCUGUGCCCUCUGCGGCAAGAGGCUGAGCACAAAGAUCUACUUCAACAUCCACAUGCGGACGCACACGGAGAAGAGGCCGUCCGCCUGCAGCGAAUGCGGGAAGAGCUUUGUGAAGAAGGGAACGCUCACGGCCCACAAGGAGAUCCAUAAGAGGGAGAAGCCCUUCCAGUGCCCCGAGUGCAGCAGAUGCUUUGGGCAGAGUGCCACACUGUUGGCCCACCAGAAGAUCCACCUUCGUGGAGGGCCUUUCAUUUGCACCGAGUGUGGGAAGAGCUUGAGCACCAAGCGGUAUUUCAACGUCCAUCAGAGGAACCAUGCUAAGGAAAAGCCACUCAAGGGACACAUUGAAGAUGUGCCUCUCCAGGUCAUACAGAUUAAAGAGGAAACUGCCUUUAAGUCAGAAGAGAAUGUGUUGGAGUGUGUGUUUAAUGAAGGACCUAAAAUCCCAUGUGAUCCACAAAGCCCUCAUGGGAAAAUCCAAAUGAAAGAGGAACCAGGACCACUCGCCUGCGACACAGAAAACAUCACUGCAAUAGCCUGCCAGAAACUUCACAUCAAGGAAGAACCACAAGAAAACCCGGACUGUGGAAAGCUCUUUGAUCCAGAACUCUCAUUGAUGGUUUUACAGGGAAGACAGGUUAAAAAGGAAAGGGAUUCUGACGGGCACCAUGACCAAAAAGGUCGCGUAGCUGGUAACAGGGUGCUCCACGUGAAGGAAGAACCACAGAAAAGCACUGACAGUGAGAUCCACUGUGGUCAGAAGCCAAACCCGAGUGCCACCCAAAGGAUCCAGAUUGAAGAGCGAACUGGUGUGGAGGAUGACCACCAGGAGAGACAGAGCCCACGAAGGAAGCAGAAGAAAUGCAGUCAGCCCACCAAAGAGGGGACGCCAGAGAAAUCCACAUCCAAGAAAGAACCCUCAACAAAACAAGCUUUCAAAGGUGAACGGAUGUUCUCCUGUCCUGAGUGUGGCAAGAGUUUCAAUCAGAAAUCAAACCUGACCAGACACCAGAAGAUCCACACAAGCGAGGGGCCGUACAAGUGCAGCGAGUGUGGGGAGAGCUUCCGCAUGAGCCGCAAACUGGUCCGGCACCAGCGAGCCCACAUGAGAGAGCCUUUCAAAUGCACCGAGUGUGGGAAGAGCUUCACCCAGCGCUCCAACCUGGUUCGACAUCAGAGGAUUCACACCAAGGAGGAGCCCUACCAGUGCCCUGAGUGCGAGAAGACCUUCAACCAGAAGGCCAAUCUCUUCCGGCAUCAAACGAUCCACGUCCGCAUGGGGCCUUGCAAAUGCACCAAGUGUGGGAAGUGCUUCCCCCAGAAGCGUCACCUCAUUAAACAUCAGCUGCUCCACUCCCGAGGUGGGGCCUACAAGUGUGGGGUCUGCGGGAAGCGCUACCGGCUGAUGAAGUAUCUGAGGAGGCACCAGAAAAUCCAUGCGCGGGAAGGAGCUGGCUCCAACGUGAAAUGUGGGGAGGACACAAGGCCUGGUGGUGGGUCUCACCCCACUGAGCAGAUGACCCUGCGAUGA